CCACACCUGCACAGAUGGCCGCAAACAAUCUGCCAGUAGGGGGGUGCUUGCUCUGGAACCUGCGCCACAUGCUCCCCACCAGGGUCCACCUGGUCCUCUCAGAGUACAGUCUCCCCGACGAGGACAGCUGCUCUGUGGAGGGUGGAUAUGAGCAGGCCUGUAGCCCUGUCCAGCCAUGGAAACGAGUCCCUGCCUUCCUCCUGCACAGCCUGCCGGAACAACCUUAUGCUCUGCAGCCUGAGCGUCCUGACGCCGACCUCGCAGGUGAAACGACGGGGCACCGACUGAAACAUGGCUGCAUGAAUCCCUCCAAACCAGGAUGUUCCCGAGCUCAUCUGCAGUUGCACAAUGGCUGUCUGUUCACUUUGCGUAAUAGCUAGGACCCAAAGAAACUGUAGCAGAUAUAGUAUAAUUACAGGAUAGCAAUAAGCACCAUUGUCAUCAGCAUACUAUACCUCUGUUUUCUUGCCUGCCUCUGACAAGUCCUGUAAAACAGGUGGGCCUGCAAGAAAAUAUAUUUAUUUUUUUCCUUGUACUUAAAUAUAUUUUUGUUUUAUAUAUUCUACCAUUAUAUAACAUUUUUUGGGCAUUUGUCCCCAAAAUCUACAAUCAUGGUUUCAACGACUGCAGCUGUAACUGCAAUAGUGUUAGCUGGCACUGCAGCGACACAGGGGCCCCUGACGAGUUACUUAUGGCUGCUGAUCAUUGGCUUUAUCAUCGCCUUUAUAUUGGCCUUCUCUGUUGGCGCCAACGACGUCGCCAACUCAUUUGGCACUGCUGUGGGCUCUGGAGUAGUCACUCUCAAACAGGCUUGCAUUCUGGCCACUGUGUUUGAGACUUUGGGGUCUGUGCUCCUCGGGGCCAAAGUCAGCGAAACCAUCCGCAAGGGUAUCAUUGACGUGGGCAUGUACAACGGCUCCGAGCACGUGUUGAUGGCCGGAUCCAUCAGCGCCAUGUUUGGUUCUGCUGUGUGGCAGCUGGCUGCCUCUUUCCUUAAACUCCCAAUCUCUGGAACACACUGCAUUGUUGGUGCUACUAUUGGCUUCUCUCUGGUAGCCAGAGGCCAGCAGGGAGUCAGGUGGCUCCAACUUCUCCGUAUUGUUGCUUCCUGGUUUCUGAGUCCCCUCUUGUCUGGUAUAAUGUCAGCCAUCGUUUUCUACUUUGUGCGCUUGUUCAUCUUACACAAGAAAGACCCGGUGCCUAAUGGACUGAGAGCCUUACCUGUGUUCUACGCAAUUACCAUGGGAAUCAACCUGUUUUCCAUCAUGUUCACUGGAGCUUCGAUGCUGGGAUUUGACAAGCUGCCUUGGUGGGGUGUCCUUCUCAUUUCACUGGGCUGUGCACUGCUGACUGCCAUCGUGGUCUGGUUCAUAGUCUGCCCCCGCCUUAAGAAGAAGAUUGAACGAGACAUCAAAUCUUCCAGUCCCUCAGAGAGCCCCCUAAUGAAGGAGAUGGAAGCCCAUUGUCCCAUCCUGAAGCAGACCGGCAAGGAGGCAUCUGCACCUUCAAGCCAGGCUGUCAAUCAGAGCCCCUCAGCUCAGCCCGCUUCUGAUGAGCGCCAUGUUGCAUUUGACAUAGGAGACUGUGACGAUGGGGAAGUUGUCAAAGAGCGCAAGGUGGCGUUUGACAUUGGAGAGUCAGAUGAAACGGACGACAGCAGUGCAAAUGGUGUCCCCAAACAGGUCCAACCAAACAAUCACUUGCAGCACAGCAACGGCUCAGCAAACGCCCCCCACCAGGUCCAGUUUAACAAUCAUGUCCAGUUCAACAACAGGCCCGCGCAGAUGCCAAGUAACGGCUACAGCCAGUAUCACACGGUCCACAAGGACUCUGGCCUCUACAAGGACCUCCUGCACAAGCUCCACCUGGCCAAGGUGGGCGACUGCAUGGGCGAAGGAGGCGACAGGCCGAUAAGGCGCAACAACAGUUACACCUCCUACACCAUGGCUAUCAUUGGCAUGCACGCUGACUUCAAGCACAAGGAUGGUGAUCCCCAGGAGGGUGAGAAGAGUGGCCCUGGUGGUCAGGACAGGAAGCGCGUGCGCAUGGACAGUUACACCAGCUACUGUAAUGCUGUGGCCGAGCACGCCACCCCCGAAAGCCUCGGGGAGGGUGAUGUGGCACUGGACAUGGGGAAGGAGGACGCAAAUAGCACCCAGAGCUCUCUGGACGAGGACGGCCUUGAAGCAGACAAACCAGAAGUCUCAAUGCUCUUCCAGUUCCUGCAAAUUCUCACCGCCUGCUUCGGAUCCUUCGCUCAUGGAGGAAACGACGUCAGCAACGCCAUUGGACCAUUGGUAGCGCUGUGGCUGGUUUACAACAGUGGCAGUGUGACCUCAGAUGAACAAACACCCACUUGGCUGCUGCUCUAUGGGGGCUUGGGCAUCUGCACUGGGCUCUGGGUGUGGGGGCGCAGAGUGAUCCAGACUAUGGGCAGGGACCUCACUCCCAUCACCCCCUCAAGUGGUUUCAGCAUCGAGUUGGCCUCAGCUCUAACUGUGGUGGUGGCUUCUAACAUUGGCCUGCCUGUCUCCACCACCCACUGUAAGGUGGGCUCUGUGGUGGCCGUGGGGUGGCUGCGCUCCAGGAAGGCAGUGGACUGGCGUCUGUUCCGCAACAUCUUUAUGGCGUGGUUUGUCACCGUGCCCAUCUCGGGCCUGAUCAGCGCCGCCAUCAUGGCCAUCUUCAUCUACGGCAUCAUAUGAGGCUGCAGAUGCACCCCCAGCUGGGGAGGGGAGAAGACAACUGCUCCAUGCGCACCAAGAGAGGAGUGGAGUUGGGUGGGGUUAAAAUAUGUAUCGCAUCCUCAAGCCAACUACUUUAAAAAAGAAAACAAAUGUGAUGGGACGUGUGAUAUAGGCCUCUUGAAUGAUGGCUGCAUCAUGUAACAACUUAGAAUGUGCUGCUUGCUUCCAGUUGGGCCUCCCAUUGAUAACUCAUUACAUUUUUUUCCAUAUCUUCUCAUUCUGUCAGAGUAAAGGCUUUCUGUAAUACAAGCUUCUAUUUUUACUUUGCAGUUAUGUCAUUUUGUUUUAAAAGAAAGCAGUUAGAGAAAGACCCAUUAAAAUGCAGUACUA